GGAAUGGUGGAGCAGCUCAUUGAAUCUCCACCCGAACGUCCACUUUCUAACGCCGAGGAUUCAAUUAUUCCCGCCCUGUUGAGGAAAUCUUUUUCCCAUCAGAUUUUCUGGUCUCGCAGGUGAUGCCUCCGGACUGGAGACGAACUGGGACGCACCUGUACGACCAACGAAUUCAAGGAAGUACUGUAUGCACAAAAAUGAAAGAAAGUUGACGUUUCCUUGUCAGAUUUGAGUUUUAAAAACGUCAAAAAACAGAGAUGGGUCCAUAAUUUUUGAUCACAGCUGUUCAUUUCGGUUUAACGAGAGCCAUGAUGUUGUCUCCAGUCCUGAGGCUCCUGUAUCUGUGGCUGUGCAGCGAGGCCGUCGCCUGUCACCUCAACUGGGACAAAACAAAGACAACUUUCAGUCCUUAUAAUAAAUACAACAUCAGUAAGAGGAAUGCGCAAAGCCGGAGGUGGCGCACAGACAGCGAGGAGGACCGCGGUGCGAGUACAGAAGCCUCGUGGCUGGCUACGUUAAACUCUUCAUCGACUGAGCUGCUAGAGAAAAAUAUAAAUAAGGGCUCUGUGCGCAAAGGUGACGCGCAAAAUGGAACUCAGUCAGUUUUACGCACAGAAGUAAAUAGCACAGAUGAGUCGCGGAAUGAAGUGCUUGAACAAACCCCGCAUGGACCCACCUGCAUAUCUAGGAUGAUCGGACACAAACGGCGACAUAGACGGGUUACCUUUGCCAGGGCGAGACACAGCGAACCGCUACAUGUGGCCAUGGCGCAGGAGCUGGAAGCCGAAAUCCCUUCCAGACGCAAUAACAGUGACUAUGUGGACGAGUAUUCUCUGCCAGACUUUCCCGACACCACGCCGUCCGUGCCGGUUAACAAACGCAAACAGUUAAAGAACCCGUUCUACCCGGUCACCGCGAAGUCGUACGGAGCCUAUGCGGUAAUGAUCACUGCCGCCCUCAUCUUCAGCAUGGGCAUUAUAGGCAACGUGUCUGUCAUGUGCAUCGUGUGUCACAACUACUAUAUGAGGAGCAUCUCCAAUUCCUUGCUGGCCAGCCUCGCGCUCUGGGAUUUCAUCAUCAUCUUCUUCUGUUUGCCACUUGUGGUGUUUCAUGAGCUCACCAAGAAAUGGCUGUUGGGAGAGUUCUCCUGCAGGAUUAUCCCCUACCUGGAGGUGGUGUCUCUUGGGAUCACGACCUUCACGCUGUGUGCUCUAUGCAUUGAUCGUAUUCGUGCAGCCACCAACGUGCAGAUCUAUGAGAUGAUCGAGAACUGGACAUCUACCACAGCAAAGCUAGCAGUCAUUUGGGUGGGUGCUUUACUGCUGGCGCUGCCUGAGCUGCUGAUCAAACAGCUGGUCACUGAGGAAGAUGAGCCACCUGAUUUGGCGCCAUGUGAGCACUGCGUGGUCCGCAUCUCAACUGACCUCCCAGACACACUCUACGUCCUGGGGCUCACCUACAAUGGCGCACGUCUCUGGUGGUACUUCGGCUGCUAUUUCUGCCUGCCAACGUUGUUCACCAUCUGCAGCUCAUUAGCGACUGUUCGCAAGAUCCGCAGCGCUGAGCGGGCCUGUGUUCGUGGGAGCAAGAAGCAGAUCCAGCUGGAGAGCCAGAUGAAUUGUGCGGUGGUGGCAUUGGCCAUCCUCUAUGGCUUUUGCAUCAUUCCAGAGAACAUUUGCAACAUUAUUAGUGUGUACAUGGCAGCCAGCAUUCCCAGGAGAACCCUGAACAUUCUGUACCUGGUCAGUCAGCUGCUGCUCUUCUGCAAAUCAGCAGUGACACCUGUUUUGCUAUUCUGUCAAUGCCAGCCAUUCACCAGAGCCUUCCUGGACUGCUGCUGCUGCUGCUGCGAUGAGUGUGGCCCAUCCCACUGCCCCACCACCGCCACUAGCAACAUUGAAAGUGAGUGUGCCACCAAUGAUCUCGAGCUGUCACCGUUUAGUACCACCCGCAGGGAGGUGUCCACCUCUGCCACCUACGAUACUGUGGGGACACACUACUGAGGUAAAAAAAUCAACAAUGUCAUCAUACCUGUCCCCAGCUAUGAUUUUGCAGACAAGGGAUCGCCCUGCUUCCUAGCACUGGACACAUAAUGGAUGAAGUACAAGAUGGUGUCAUGAUAGACCAGUGACAGGUGCUCUCCAUUUCCUACAGUGUCCUACAACUACACCUGAGUGGAUGAAUACCAUGUCAUCCCAAUUUUAAGCCCUAGCAACUCCACACCCUGUCACUCAAGACAUAACACUACCAAAAUACUAUGGUAGUGGGGACACAAAUAGUUGCAAUGAAUGGGAUGUGUGGAUCCUGUGGACAUAUAACAUGAGGAUGAACUUCAUCUGACAGGAUCAGGAAUAUGAUCAGUAGGCAGUUUCUUUUCUGAUCAACCCAAACUCACUUGUGUUUACUGAUGGACUAUUCACUGUUUGCAGAUUUUGAUAUUUGAACACACAGUAUUAGCUGUUGGCAAUAAUUUUAGCCUUUUAAUUAAUUCACUGGUAUUUUUACUGAAUUUGCACUCAAUUGAAAGCUAAUUUUUGUUAUUGUUUCAGGAUAUAAAAGGAGAAAUGGGUGGUGGUAAAUUUUUUGAAGGGUUUGAUGUCAUGAGAGUUUGUAUAUAAUUACAUUUGUUUAAAGGUACUUUUUGUAAUUACCCUCUGCACAGUGUAACUUUCACCACCAGAGGAAGCGGUGGUGUGCGAAAAUGUUAUCACAUAAAUAUGCAGUUGUUUAAGCUCCAUCACCAUUUCCUCAAGAGGCACCCUUUGUGAAAAACUUCUAAUGAUGCACCUGGUUAAAUAAAGGUUACAAUUACUUGCUGUGCCAUCUUGUGGUACAGACUGGUAUUAUAUAAAAGUCUUGAACCGUACAUGGAUGUUUUGAACAUAAAGUUAGUCAUAGUGGUUGUUUCUUCACAUUCUGUUGAAAAUUUCAGUUAAUUGACACAGAGACAGAGUGUAUCUAUGUCUGUCUCUGUGCUGGCCCUGUGACAUACUAGCAGCCUGUCCAAGGUGUACCCCACCUCCUGUGGCAGCUGGGAUAGGCUCCUUUCUUAAAACUUUCCCUUUUAACAACUACUACAACUGAACCCAAAUUAUAAUUUAAAAAAAAUUAAUAUUAUACUGAAAAUGUUUCCAGUGGUUCAUACAAAAUUAUAUAUUUUUUUUUUGUAAUCAUUGAGUCAUUUAUUUAUUAUUGGGUUGUUUGUUUCUUUGGUUGGUUGUAUCAUUUUAACAAAAGAAAAAACAUCUUCUUGGACACUUGUUUAAAUAUGACAUUGCCUUAUUUGUGCAACACAUUUCGUCACAGGCCCAUGCAUUGUUUCAGUUUGGUCUCAGAACAAGUCAGCUGUGACCAAACAAGAAAACUAUUAAAAAAAAAAAAGUUUCUACAAAGAGUACAGUGUUUCUAUAUGCUCUCACUUCAUUGUUGAACAGCUCCAUUUAAACUUUCUACUGCCUUGAGAAAUAAAGCUAUUAAGUAUAUUCAAGAUGUUUUUAUCCCACAUUCGAACCACAGACAAAAUGAAACCAACAUGAAUACUCUAAUGCUUUCAAACAUGUAGGAGUGAGAAGCUGCAACAGAUGGAAAAUAUCAGACUUUCUGUAAAAAUUUAACUGUUCAUAGAGCCUUAGCACUUUGAAGAUAACCAAACAUUUCGAAUUGAAGACAAGGAGGACAAUGAAAGUUGUCAUUGCCAUCAAUCCAGAGCAUACAGCUAUUACUAGUCCUCAUCCACUCAGAAUUACAGUUGGUUCAGCUAAUAACUGAACCUCCUUCAGGGAUGAACAGAAAGCAGCCAGCAGUGAAGG